AUGCCGGAGCCGGGCACCGAGGAAUACGCCAUGCUGGCCCGCGAGCCGGAAAAGGUGUUCAUCCACACUAUCACCAACCAAGUGCAGGCCAUAAUUGGCAUUUCACUGCUGGAGAUCCUAUCCAAGCACUCCUCGGACGAGAUUUACCUCGGGCAACGUGACACGCCGGAGUGGACAUCGGACGCCAAGGCUCUGGAGGCGUUCAAGCGGUUUGGCACGAGGCUGGAGGGCAUCGAGAGCGAGGUGCCUCUGACCACAAUGGCGAUGCCACCGGGCUCACGGCCAGGGGCAUCCCCAACAGCAUCUCCAUUUGAUGAGAUAUUUGGAGAAAGGUCGCUGCUUGCUAGCAUGCGAAAAUGUUGGGGUGCAUGCUUCCAGGGUCAUUGGUUGAAUAAUCUAUCGUACGCCAGGGCUCAUUUGACAUCCAAGUGA